AUGUCGACCGAUCCUGAAAUGUUAGAAAAAUGUGCACAAAUUGUUGCCAAUGCAAAUCGUAUCGUUUGUUUUACCGGUGCUGGUAUGUCUGCAGAAUCUGGUAUAGGAACGUUUCGAGGUGGAAGUGGCUUAUGGAGUGGUGUUCUCGGAACUGUUGUACUCGGAUGGUUUGGCACGCCUGUUGGUUGGAAAUGGACACCCGGUCUUGCUUGGAGUCAAUAUAUCGAUAAAUUUUAUAAUCCGAUACGUGAUGCUCAACCAAAUGAAGGUCAUAAAGCACUCGUUAAGUUAGAAAAAUUAUGUCCGGAGACGGCGAUUAUUACACAGAACGUCGAUGGUCUACACCAACGAGCUGGUUCAAAGCCUGAUCAUGUGUUCGAAGUUCAUGGAACUGUUCGACGUAGUCGAUGUGUUGCCAAUGGUCACAUUUAUGAUUUCGGAGAUGAAAUAAAUCUUCCAAGAAAAUCGCCGACAUGUCGAGUCGAAGGAUGCCGGUCGACUUUACGUCCGGAUUGUGUUUUAUUUACGGAAGGUUUGCCAGGUGAUCAAUGGAUGGGUGCGCAAACGGCAGCAAGACAUUUAGGACAUGGUGAUGUGAUGAUUAUUGUAGGAACUUCCGCUCAGGUUUACCCGGCUGCUGGUCUGCCUGAAUCAGCAGCUCGAAAUGGUGCGACUCUGAUUGAUAUUAAUUUGGAGAGAACGAAUUUUUCAACGUUGAACAAUUAUCAAUAUUUAGGCGGAACAGCUGCGACAACGUUACCUGCGCUAGUUAACCGAGUUGAGGAAUUGAAAAGUCAAAACAGAUAG